UGACUUCUUGAAAUCAGAGAUGAUUUGACCAUUGUGUCUUCUGCUGCUUAUCAUCUUUGGUCUCAACUUGUAUGUCUACUGCAGCAGAAUCUCUGAUUUGAAGAAAGACAGGUGGACUUGUUGUGUUUCAAAUGUAUUUGGAGUUUCUCCUGUGUAACUUGAUCAGUGUAACAUGUCGGUGCUGCUGAAUUCACAGGGGAUGCCACCACCUGCUAUAGGAACUCUGCUUCAGUUUCUUUGAUAAACUGUCUCCUGAUGGAAAGAGGCUUCGACUACACAACCUUACACCUCAAAGACCCAAAAUGCAAGGGUGAAUUGCAAGACGGCAUGGUGACCUUCAGUUUCAACAACACUGAAAUGUGCAAGGCAGAGGUCAUGGAUAGCGAUACACAGGUUAUCUACACGAACAUCAUUAGUACGUCAGAAAGCAACGGCUCGAUUAUCCGGAUGAAGUGGCACUUAACUUUUCUUGCAGCUAUGCUCAACCACCAAUCAAGACUAUGUCUUUCAAGAUCCAAAGCAGCUCUGUGGUAUCAGAGAUGAAAUCUGGAAUUUGGCAAUACAAUCUGACCAUGAAGGCCUACAGCGAUACUGGCCUCCAACAAACUGCAACGUCGGUUACAUUGAACCAGAAGAUUUGGGUGGAACUGAAGACUACAGGACUGGAUAGUAAUUUGGUUGCCGUGGUGAUUGACUCCUGCUGGGCAAACAAAAACAAAGAAUCUGAUAAGUUACCGAAAUACGACCUGAUCAAAACAGGCUGUGCAAACCCCAAAGACAAGUCAGUGAAAGUAGAGGGUAACAGUGAAGGAACGUCCAGCGUCUUGUCCUUCAACAUGUUCCAGUUCUCCAAGAGCAAUGGUUAUGUCUUCCUGCAUUGCAAAGUCAACCUGUGUGGCAAAAAGGACAAGAGCUGUGCCCCGGUAUGUACGUCAAAACAUUGCAGAUCUGCCAGGAAUAUGUACCUAGAGGGAGCCCCAGCCUUGAUCACCAUGGUGUGGACCAGUUAGGUUGUUAUCACUGCGACUUGGACAGACUCAAAGGCUCAUGACUUUCACACUGAGUCCUGACUGUGAUUUGUCUCCAUCCAGAGUGUGUGUCAAAAUCCUACGCUGGGGAUCAAUGAGCUCAGUUCUCACAAGAAUCUUUCUUUUGAUACUGUAUACUGAAUUUAUCACUGAAAGAAAGAAUGUACAACAUUUUACUCAU